GCAAAUGGCUAAAUUGCGAAAAACCCAGAAGGAGGACUGGUACACUACUGGAAUGUCACAGUCUGUCUGGCCGCAGCCAUCCAACGCCUCGGGUUUAGGUGCUUGGUAUCACUCGUCAGACUAUUCUAACAUGUAUCAAUCCGCUCGUCCUGUCUCUUCAGCUGUCUCUCGAACAAUGUCACAUGCGCGAGGCCAAGCGGACUAUGUGGCAGCAUCGAGCUCAAGCCCAGCCUCUGAGAUGGACAGAUUGAUGCGACGCCCCCCAGCAUCGGUGCACCAGACAGCAAACAUGAAUACGUAUUAUUCCUCGUACGUUCCUGCGCCAAUGACAGAGACAGAGCGUUACUGGGCAUAUCGUGCAAUUGUUGCGGAAACAAAGCUGGCGGAGCACAAGGGACUUCGGACGGAUAACCUUGAGCGAAUGAAGGAGGAGCUAAGGCGUCAGAGUAUGGCUGACCUCGCACAUAAGUAUCAUGAAGAACGCGUUUUGCGCCUGGAACGACUCGCAAUUGGAUUAAUCUCAACAAUAAUUCUAAUCACGCUUGUGCUUCUCUUUCGACAUCAAGGACAAUCAGACGAUAAACAUUCUAAACGCUCGUUUCGACCUCAUCUCACUAUACCUAUUCUAUCUCCUUUUACUUCCAUCGUCGAACACGAAGAAGCAAGUCUGAGUUUCCGAAUGACAGCAGCACUUUUGAUAACCUUAGGCAUCCUUGCAUACGGAAUGUUCCGCUACUGGUUGCAGCACCGCCCACGAUGA